AUGGAAGAGAGCUCGGGCGUGGACGCCCUUGAGGGCCCACUAUUCAUGCUUCGGACAAUAUUCAAUGUAUUUUGGAAGCCGUUCAUCUGGCUGCUAUCCUGGAUUGUCGCCCUGGUUUACAUACUGGCCUCGCCAGUGCUCGCCCUUGCAAACGGCCUUUUGACUGUAGCAGGUCUUCCGCUACGAAUUCUUCUAAAGUUCGAGGCAUUUCUUUACUAUGCUACAGGAGCUGUCCUCACAGGGGCAUCAGUGGGCUUAUUGCUCUACUUUACCAACACUGCGCUGUUCCAGCUACUUCAGCGACAUAACUCGACUGAACCUCCACUACUAGAGGAUUCCGAAAGUGUCAAGGAUGAGCCUAUCGACUGGGAGUCGAAAUGGACAGAUCCAUCACCGAAGCUGUCCUCUACGAUAGUGGAAGAGGAAGAGAACAGCCAAGACUCUCCGUGA